AGAGGCCGAAGCCAAGGCGAUGCCCGGGAAGCUGAAGGUGAAAAUCGUGGCCGGGCGCCAUUUGCCAGUGAUGGACCGUGCUAGUGACCUGACUGAUGCCUUCGUGGAGGUAAAAUUUGGUAAUACCACAUUUAAAACAGAUGUGUACCUCAAGUCACUCAACCCUCAGUGGAACUCAGAAUGGUUUAAAUUUGAGGUGGAUGAUGAAGACUUACAGGAUGAACCUCUACAAAUCACAGUUCUUGACCAUGAUACUUACAGUGCAAAUGAUGCCAUUGGUAAAGUGUACAUUGAUAUUGAUCCAUUACUGUAUAGUGAAGCUGCAACAGUCAUCUCAGGAUGGUUUCCAAUUUAUGAUACCAUACAUGGUAUCCGUGGGGAAAUCAAUGUAGUUGUCAAAGUAGACCUCUUCAAUGAUUUAAAUCGGUUUAGGCAGUCGUCAUGUGGAGUCAAAUUCUUUUGUACAACAUCUAUUCCAAAAUGCUAUAGAGCUGUUGUAAUUCAUGGAUUUGUAGAAGAACUUGUGGUCAAUGAGGACCCAGAAUAUCAAUGGAUUGAUCGAAUUCGCACACCAAGGGCAUCAAAUGAGGCCAGACAGAGGCUGAUUUCUUUAAUGUCAGGUGAACUGCAGAGGAAGAUUGGCUUGAAAGUACUUGAAAUGAGAGGAAAUGCAGUUGUUGGGUACUUACAGUGUUUUGAUCUGGAGGGCGAGUCUGGGUUAGUGGUACGAGCCAUAGGAACAGCGUGUACUCUGGAUAAAUUAAGUAGCCCAGCGGCAUUCCUUCCUGCAUGUAAUUCCCCAUCCAAAGAAAUGAAGGAGAUUCCCUUCAAUGAAGAUCCCAAUCCCAAUACUCACUCAUCAGGACCCUCAACCCCUCUGAAAAACCAAACUUAUUCCUUUUCACCUUCCAAGUCCUACAGUCGACAGUCCUCUUCUUCUGACACAGAUUUGAGUUUGACACCCAAAACUGGAAUGGGAAGUGGUAGUGCUGGAAAAGAAGGGGGGCCAUUUAAAGCUCUUUUAAGACAACAGACUCAGUCAGCAUUGGAACAGAGGGAAUUUCCAUUUUUUACCUUGACGGCUUUUCCUCCUGGAUUUCUUGUACACGUUGGGGGUGUUGUUAGCGCACGUUCUGUGAAGCUUUUGGAUCGUAUUCACAAUCCUGAUGAACCAGAAACUCGAGAUGCAUGGUGGGCAGAAAUCAGACAAGAAAUAAAAUCACACGCUAAAGCAUUAGGCUGUCAUGCUGUAGUGGGCUACAGUGAAUCAACUAGCAUCUGUGAAGAGGUCUGCAUUUUAUCUGCAUCUGGCACGGCGGCUGUACUGAACCCUAGAUUUCUUCAGGAUGGCACCGUGGAGGGCUAUUUGGAACAGAGGCUUGAAGAAAAUUUGCCUACAGGUUGUGGAUUUUGCCAUAUACCAUAUGAUGAACUGAAUAUGCCAUUUCCAGCUCAUCUUACAUAUUGCUAUAACUGCAGGAAACAAAAAGUUCCUGAUGUUCUCUUUACAACUAUAGACCUCCCAACAGAUGCAACAGUUAUUGGAAAAGGUUGUCUUAUUCAAGCAAGAUUAUGUCGCUUAAAAAAGAAAGCCCAAGCAGAAGCAAAUGCUACAGCUAUCAGUAAUCUCUUGCCAUUUAUGGAAUAUGAAGUGCAUACUCAGCUAAUGAAUAAACUAAAACUCAAAGGAAUGAAUGCUUUGUUUGGACUAAGAAUUCAGAUUACAGUGGGUGAAAAUAUGUUGAUGGGCUUAGCGUCUGCCACAGGUGUGUACUUAGCAGCUUUACCAACUCCUGGUGGUAUUCAGAUCGCUGGGAAGACUCCCAACGAUGGCUCAUAUGAACAGCACAUCUCCCACAUGCAGAAGAAGAUAAAUGACACAAUUGCCAAGAACAAAGAGUUAUAUGAAAUCAAUCCUCCAGAAUUAUCUGAAGAGAUUAUAGGAUCACCCAUCCCAGAACCUAGACAACGCUCAAGACUAUUAAGAUCUCAGUCAGAAAGCUCUGAUGAAGUUACAGAAUUGGACCUUUCACAUGGGAAAAAAGAUGCUUUUGUUUUGGAGAUUGAUGACACAGAUGCCAUGGAAGAUGUGCAUUCUCUACUUACUGAUGUUCCUCCUCCUUCAGGCUUUUAUAGUUGCAAUACAGAAAUUAUGCCUGGUAUAAAUAAUUGGACGUCUGAAAUACAGAUGUUCACUUCAGUAAGAGUAAUCAGAUUAAGCAGCCUUAACUUGACUAAUCAAGCCCUCAAUAAGAACUUUAAUGAUCUCUGUGAAAACUUGCUCAAGAGCCUGUAUUUUAAACUACGAUCUAUGAUCCCCUGCUGUCUUUGCCAUGUAAAUUUUACAGUAUCUCUGCCUGAAGAUGAGUUAAUUCAGGUUACAGUUACAGCAGUUGCAAUAACUUUUGACAAAAAUCAGGCUUUACAGACCACAAAAACACACGUUGAAAAAUCAUUGCAAAGAGCCUCUACAGAUAAUGAGGAACUUCUGCAGUUUCCACUGGAACUAUGUUCAGAUUCACUUCCUUCUCAUCCUUUUCCACCGGCUAAAGCUGUGACAGUUGAAAAAGCAAGUCCACUGGGUGAAGGAAAUUUCCGGAAUCGUUCUGCUCCAUCUUGUGCAAAUUCCACAGUUGGGGUUGUUAAGAUGACACCUCUUUCUUUCAUUCCUGGUGCAAAAAUAACUAAAUAUCUUGGAAUAAUUAACAUGUUUUUUAUUCGGGAAACGACAUCUCUUCGUGAGGAAGGAGGAGUCAGUGGUUUUCUCCAUGCUUUUAUUGCUGAAGUGUUUGCAAUGGUGAGAGCUCAUGUUGCUGCAUUAGGAGGGAAUGCUGUUGUCUCCUACAUAAUGAAACAGUGUGUCUUCAUGGAGAAUCCAAAUAAAAACCAGGCACAAUGUCUUAUAAAUGUAAGUGGUGAUGCGGUUGUUUUUGUUCGUGAAUCUGACUUGGAAGUGGUGUCAGCUCAGCAACCUACUGUCAAUUGCCAGCCAUCAUGUACUGAAGAAGUUACAACCUGAAGAAAAAAAAAAGAGCUCAACUAAUGAAAUUCAUCUGUUUCCAUUGUUUUGUCAUUGAUUACUUUUGUAGACUCAAAAUUGAACUUAAUUUGAGAUAAUUCAGAAAGAAUUGAGUAGAUUUGAUUUGUCUGGAAUCUCUAGGAGGCAUGAGAAUGUUCUAACCUUGAGGCUUUGUUUGCCUAGUCUACACAGACAGGCCUUGUGUAAUCUUGACCCUUCAGUAGGUUAAGAUAAAUUUGUACAAGAAGUGUAGCAAAGAUAGAACUAUUUUAAUUUAUGUUGAUUUUAAUAAAAUCAAUUUAAAUAAUGCAAUGGGAAGAAGAUCAAGAAACUCUACCGUGAUAUAAUUUAGAAAAAACUCAGCAAGUGAUUCACUGAUUGUUAAUGCAUAAGUAAUCUGAUUCGAGAAAUAUGUGGGAACAAUGAAGAAAUGUUUUCAGAAAACUUUGAGUUUCUUACCAUGUUUUAUUUUGAUGAAUUUGGUGACAAUUGAAAAGAAAAAGUGUUUCAGCCAUCUUUUAACAAGAAGUUAGGAUUCUGUAACUUGUUUCUGUAAUGCAUCCUAACUACUGUAAAAGAAAAAGCUGGUGUCCUUUAAUUCAAAGUUUUAAUAAUAUUACUAGGGAGGGAGGAGAAAAAUUAUAUAGUUAUAUAACUGGCCACAUUUGAGUUAGUAUUUAUUUUGUCUAGACAAGGCUUGACUUCAGCUGGGAAGAAAAUGUUGGUGAAUUUUGUUGAAGCAGUAAAGAUACAUUGAUCUAGUAGAAACAAAAUUAUUUUUUAAUAAAAUUAUAUUCACUCCUAAUAAAUGGGAUUUUAGUAAUAUCUUUGGGAAUUUUUUAUGGUGAGUUAGACUGUUCUUGGCAUAGAAUGUGGAAAUGUAACUUGAAUGUAAAUAUGCUGCAAAGGGUCGAAUGUAUACAUAGAAGUACUUUUUCUGUCAAUGCCAAUGCCCAUUGUAAACGAACCUUAAAUAUUACAUUCCUCCUUUGCACAACAAAAUUUCUUUAUAAAACUCAUGAUUUUGUUUCCCCAGGACAACAAACUGCCCUUAAGAAUCAUGUCUUUGUUACCACAGGUGUCAAUAUUUUUCUGUAUUUUGUUUAUAAUUUUAUUUUUUAAAUAAAAUGUUUA